GCUUCCAUCGCCCAUCUACUUCUUGUUUAAAAUGUCUCCCUAACAACCGACCCUGGGACUUAAACAGUGGAACUUUUCCAGCGGUCCAAACGCCUCCCGAGAGUCAUUCGUGUUUAAACAAAUGAAAUGUACCAUUUUUAUGGUAUAUUUGUUUUCUAUUCACGGGAGACGGAAUGGCUGGAACUGGCGAGGGAAAGAAAGAAGAGGCCGACUACAAGAGACUACACAGCUUCCCUCUCAUCAGGCACACGGACAUGCCGGAGGAAAUGCGUGUGGAGACAAUGGAGUUGUGUGUAACCGCGUGUGAAAAAUUUGCCACCAACAAUGAGAGCGCCGCCAAAAUGAUUAAGGAAUCCAUGGACAAGAAGUUUGGCAGCUCGUGGCAUGUGGUGAUCGGCGAAGGCUUCGGUUUUGAGGUCACGCACGAAGUCAAGAACUUGCUAUACAUGUUCUUUGGUGGAAGUCUUGCCGUAUGUGUUUGGAAGUGCUCCUAGCACUCACACGUGAAGACAAAAGACAUCUUUCUCCAUUCAGUGAAAGGAAAACCAGCCGCCAGUUGGACUGGCUAAAAAAGUCACCGAGGACAAGGACUACUUGGACUUGUGGAGUCCAAUUUUGACUCGCCGAGACCUGACAGCUUCCUGCCUUAUCUCACAUUUCUUUCUUUACAAGCAUUUUUGAUGGUGUCACACUCAAUUUGAGAAAAUUCCACAACCGGCCAGGGUAUCCUAACACCUUUGUCCUAUUUCCUCUGCAGGGAGCGUCUGGUGUGCGGGUGUGCUGGACACACCGAACACGCACUAUUCUUUUUUUAACACUCACCCAACAACACUACAACGUCCUCGUCAUCGCUUGACUUUUCUUACAAUUUAACACACUUGUCUUACAAUACAAUGUUUUUUAUAUUUUUGAAACGUGUACAUAGUUUGAUGCAACUUUGAACGAGUGUCAUCUUCUUACAAAUGACCUGAUCUACCUUUUUUUUCCUGCUGUGAAGGUUUUUUAUAAUAACCCGGCAUGUUUUGUUCCCGUUUAAACGGUGCCGACUGAAUAUGUGGAUGAAGCGGACCCGGAAGUGUUCCGACUCGGGCCAUAAAAGAGGCGGAACUGCCCUUGUGAACAGUCAUCCGUAAGGAAAGAGCUAAGUGAUAUAAUACACAGUGAUGAUAAUAAAUUGAAAUGUGAAACAGUAGACUUUUUCGUUUUGUCUGAACUUAGCAGGAAAGUAAAACCACAGAAGCAAGUCAAACUCAAAACACACUCAAGCAAAUUAAUGCCAAUAAAAGAUGAGUACUCACAAGGUUCCUGCAGGUCCUUAAAAAGUCUUAAAUUUAAAAUCCGCAUAAUCAAAGUCCUAAAUUGUCUUUAAUGGAAAAUUACAGUUGGUAUUAUUUUCUAGACGAUGCAUUUAAUGCCAGGGAAAAACCUACAGUGGUACCUCUAUUUAUGAACGUCUCUACAUACAGAAAUUUCAGGUUAAGACUCCCCUCAACAGGAAAAUAUUGCUUCUUGUUACAGGAAUUAAUUUCAGGAUACGAAAGGCAAAAAUACAGUAUGGCUGGUACUCGCAGCUCCCAGAGUUCCCUGAUGGUAACAUACUUAUAGCUGCUCUGCCAUUGGCUAUUGCCUAGCAUUCCUGGUAUGCAAUUGGCUAAGAGGGACCUCCUAGUGUACAGUGGGGCAAAUAAGUAUUUAGUAAACCACCAAU